UCGGAGCCGGGAGCCCUGAUUGGUCCAGGGCCCUGAGGCGACAGGUUCCGGAAAGGGGAAGAGCAGCCAAUAUGGCGGCGGAGCGCGGCGCGGGGCAGCAACAGUCGCAGGAGAUGAUGGAGGGUGUGGGUUCAGUUGACAGGAGGGCUGAAUCCGAAGAGUCCGGUGAUGAGGAGGGCAAGAAGCGCAGCAGUGGCAUUGUAGCAGACCUCAGCCAGCAGAGCCUGAAGGAUGGCGUGGAGCAGGGAGACGAGAGCGCGGAAGAGGAACAUGAGCUGGCUGUGGAUAUGGAAACCAUUAGCCUGGACCGAGAUGCAGAGGAUGUUGACCUGAACCACUAUCGAAUUGGGAAGAUUGAAGGCUUCGAGGUGCUGAAGAAAGUGAAGACGCUCUGCCUUCGUCAGAACUUAAUCAAAUGCAUCGAGAACCUUGAGGAGCUGCAGAGUCUUCGAGAGCUGGAUCUCUACGACAACCAGAUCAAGAAAAUUGAAAACUUGGAGGCACUGACCGAGUUGGAGAUUCUAGAUAUUUCUUUUAAUCUACUGAGAAACAUUGAAGGGAUUGACAAAUUGACGAGGCUGAAGAAACUCUUCUUGGUCAACAAUAAAAUCAAUAAAAUUGAGAACAUAAGCAGCUUACAUCAACUGCAGAUGCUGGAGCUGGGGUCUAACCGCAUCCGGGCAAUUGAAAAUAUCGACACAUUAACCAACCUGGAGAGUUUGUUUCUGGGGAAAAACAAAAUUACUAAGCUUCAGAACCUGGACGCACUGACCAACCUGACAGUCCUCAGCAUGCAGAGUAACCGGCUGACAAAGAUUGAGGGUCUUCAGAGCCUGGUGAACCUUCGGGAGCUGUACCUCAGCCACAACGGCAUCGAGGUCAUCGAGGGCCUUGAGAACAAUAACAAACUCACAAUGUUGGACAUUGCAUCAAAUAGAAUCAAAAAGAUUGAAAAUGUCAGCCAUCUAACAGAACUGCAAGAAUUCUGGAUGAAUGACAAUCUCCUGGAGAGCUGGAGCGACCUGGAGGAGCUGCAGGGAGCCCGGGGCCUGGAGACCGUGUACCUGGAGCACAACCCCCUGCAGAGAGAUCCCCAGUACCGGCGCAAGGUCAUGCUGGCCCUCCCUUCUGUGCGGCAGAUUGACGCCACAUUUGUCCGGUUCUGAGGCCCCCACGCAAGAACUCCCAGCCACGGUUCUUAACCCACCGUCGCCCUGCGGUCGCCACUAUUCAGCAGUCUCCACCGAUGGCAAUGCCGGGCCGGGCGACGCCCUCGAGAUGCCACACACCAUUCGGAGAUGCCAAUCCUAUUAAACCUUGCCACAUGGUCUUCCCGAAUUGUUGAUGGUUCUUGUAAGCCAUGGAGAGUGAACACCGGACCCCUAGUCCUCUGUUCUCCAGCCCUGCCGGCCCCCUGCGACGUGGUCUGAGUAUCUUCGGGGUGGCCACGCUGCUGCCAGGUGGGCAGCGCGGCCAGCCUGGCCGGUCUUCAGGCCACCACCUGCACCGGAGUGCUGCUUAGUUUUUCAGACCAGGUGAUGCCUGAAAAAUAGUACCUACGUUAAAAAAAUAAAGUGGGUAGAAGACAGCCCACAUCCCGGUGUGUAGUCCUCAGAGCUCCUGUGCAGAGCCGCCCACCAGCCCAGUGUCCGCAUGUGCCCACUGCCAGGGUGGGAGCUGAGCAGCCGCCGGCCCGGGGCACCUCCGUACCUUCAUCCUUUUGGCUUUGUGUAUGUGAAGAUGGCAUUGUCAGACCCAUGGGCCCGAAUUCAGGCUGCAAAGGCUCCAUCAGGCCUCAGGGUCCCCUUCCACAGUAAAGACUGCUCCUGUGUCACCGAAGGCCCCUGUCCUUCCAAGGCCCCCAGGCCACACUGCCCAGCAUGGCGCCACUCACCGCCGCACACAAUUUUGGUGUAAAUUUGAAUUCAUUAAAUUAAAGUAGAAAUCCA